GCCAUAAAAUUUGAUCACAGAGCUAUUCGCGUGACUGCGAUCAACUGUCUGGUGGACGUCUUUAUCCUUUUUGGCUUGCAACCCUUUCUGACAGUUGCCGAAACCUUGGACAGUGCCCAGUGUGAGAUAACCGACCUGGUCCUUUUAAGUACAAAGCAGACUUCCAGAGAGGCCCACAGCUUGGAGGAAAGUGCUCAUCUAUCACUUCGACUCCUUUCUCCUCUUUUGCGUUUUCUCGAUGUUGAGCAGUCGCCGUUGAAAACGGAAACCCCGAUGAUAUUUAGCCCCGAGCUAAGAGACCAGAUUCCGCCCACCUUUGUAAGUAAAACAGCAAAAGGUGAUCUGUCACUCCAUUCUGGUGGUUUAGACAUUGUUUGCAUGCCCUCUUCUGGGACGCUGUCGUUUUUAAACUGGGGUUGA